AACAACAUACAAGCUGGUGUGAACAUGACGCCCAACAUUAAGGUGUUUUGGCUGAUUUUACCGCUGAUUGCUCUUUGCUAUGCAGCAAAAAACAGCAGCAGCGGCGAGAAAUCUAAUGGUUACAUGGGCGCUUACCCAUAUCCACCGCAUGGACCCUGUGCUUAUGGUACUCCUUUUGGCGCGCCAGGGAUACCAGGUAUUCCCGGGAGCCCAGGACCCGCGGGACCCACGGGCAUCGCAGGACCACCCGGUCCUCGUGGUUCUACGGGACCACAAGGGGACAAGGGCGACGCCGGAAAGCCAGGAAACCAAGGCCUUACAGGUCCACAGGGACCUCCAGGAAAAAUGGGACCUCAAGGGUCCACAGGCCGACAGGGUCCACGAGGAACCAAAGGUGAUGCAGGGGAUAAAGGAAGCCAGGGAGCCCCAGGCCUCCGGGGACCUCCAGGAGCUCUGGGAAGUAAUUGGAAACAAUGUGUAUUCAAAAAUUUAAACGAUGGAAAGGACACUGGCUUGAUAAAGGAAUGCCUUUUCAUCAAAAAGUCGGCCAAAACAGCUCUGCGCGUGUUUUGGAGUGGCAACCUCCGCCUCUAUAACUGCCAUGGUUGCUGCAGACGAUGGUAUUUCACCUUAAACGGCGCAGAGUGCUCAGCUCCUGCUGCAAUUGAUGGCGUAGUCUACAUGGUACAUGGAAAUGGCGGCAAAAAGGAUUUACACCGCCCCCGUCAUAUCGAGGGUGUGUGCGAGAAAGUCCACAAAGGUGUUGUGCGCGUGGGAUUCUGGGUCGGUAACUGUAAAGGUUACGGAUCUGCUGACGCAUACACAGGCUGGAACUCAGUGUCCCGGAUCUACGUGGAAGAAGUACCACCCCCACAGCCGAAGAAUAAGGGCACUCACCCAUAUCCGCCAUAUGGACUCUAUGCCUAUGGUGCUCCCUUUGGCGCACCAGGUAUACCAGGUAUUCCUGGGAGCCCAGGACCCGCGGGACCCACGGGCAUCGCAGGACCACCCGGUCCUCGAGGUUCUACGGGACCACAAGGGGACAAAGGCAACGCGGGAAAGCCUGGAAACCAAGGCCUCCCAGGUCAACAGGGACAUUCAGGAAAAAUGGGACCUCAAGGGUACACGGGCCGACAGGGUCCACGAGGAACCAAAGGUGACGCAGGGGAUAAAGGAAGCCAGGGAGCCCCAGGCCUCCAGGGACCUCCAGGAGCUUUGGGAACUAAUUGGAAACAGUGUGUUUUCAAAAAUUUGAAUGAAGGAAAGGACACUGGGUUAAUAAAGGAAUGCCUUUUCAUCAAAAAGUCGGCCAAAACAGCUCUGCGCGUUUUUUGGAAUGGCAACCUCCGCCUCGGUAACUGCCAUGCUUGCUGCAGACGAUGGUAUUUCACCUUAAACGGCGCAGAGUGCUCAGAUCCUGCUGCAAUUGAUGGCAUAGUCUAUAUGGUACAUGGAAAUAGCAACAAAAAGUAUUUAUACCGCCCCCGUCAUAUCGAGGGUGUGUGCGAGAAAGUCCACAAAGGUGUUGUGCGCGUGGGAUUCUGGGUCGGAAACUGUAACGGUUACGGAUCUGCUGACGCACGCACAGGCUGGAACUCAGUGUCCCGGAUCCACGUGGAAGAAGUACCACCCCCACAGGCAUAA